UUGAUUGAUUAAUGAAAAUUUGAGAGGUUUCUCAUAAUUGUGUGUUCGUAAAGGGAAUACCUUUAAUUCAUAUUUGUUCGUGAUUGUUCUUGUUACUCGUUUUUGUCUUUUUCAACACACCCCUCCCUUCAUUCAAGAUGCCAACAAGUACAGAUUAUUCCUACAACAUACAGUCCAUACUGGCCCGAUACCAUCGCGUAUUCUCUUCGUUCAAGAUGCCAACAACUAAAGAUUAUUCCUAUCACAUACGGUUCAUACUUGUCCGAUACCGUCCUAUACAUGAAGAUCAAUCGUUGUCGUUCGACGAUCCAUUUCACGUUGAUUUACGCAUUUGGUAUACACGACGUGAUCAACAUGCAGUGCCUAUAAACAUGAUAAUGAAAGAAGCCCCACUGCACCACGGGCAACUAAAAUCACAUGACACGGCGAGGCUAGCACUGACACCCUUGUUGAGCAUCCUCUCUACUACGGGAAUCGACGUAAAUGAUCAGACCGUAAACGACAUAUCUGAUUGCGCUAUGGCUUUGAGUUCAGUUUCCAUCAGUUGCGGCCCUGACCACGGUCUCCUUGUGCCCGGAAUCCAGCUCCUGUUCAUCGACGCAACUAACACGGUCGGCCCGGGGCCCUCAAUCGACAGUUGCAUAGAGGUGUUGGAGAGAUUGGUUCUUGUUCAUGACGGUGGUUGGGGUUCGAUGGACUGGUGCGCGAUCUGUUUAGAAGAUGUUGGUUGUGCGGGCAAAGUUGCCCAAAUGCCGUGCUCGCAUGUGUAUCACGGUGACUGUAUCAUCGAGUGGUUGAAGAUGAGUGAUUUGUGCCCGCUAUGCCGAUACCAGAUGCCAGCAUUUAAUUUUUUUUGUCGCAGAUUAAUGUUUUGCCGUACUAAAUUAUCAGUUUUUAGCGACAACAUCUAUAUUUCGUCACUAUAG